AAAAUCAUCUCAGUGGAGAAACAAUCAGUCGCGUCAGGUUGAAAGUUGAAGUAUCCGUUCGUUUCUUUGUUUCGAUUCAAAUUUUAUUUCAAGUUUUGACAAUGCUACAAAUAAAACAAUACUUUAAUUUGUGUUCUUUACGAACUGGGACGUUAAUCGUGUUAUGGGUUGUAUUGAUUAGCUCCGGUUUACACAUGUGGGCCGUUAAUUUUAAUCAGAAUUAUGAUAACAAAAUACCGAUCCGCGAAAAACGUUCAGUUGAUAUCGACAUCUUCAAUAAAGGAGCAAAUGAAGCUGCAAAAUUCUUUGAAAAUCUCCGCAACAAAGUUGAUAAUGCAGUUUCAUCCGUCAAACAAGCACCUGCGAAUUUCUUAAACACAGUUCAGGCUUUGCCGGGUAAAUUAAUCAACGGAUUAGGCCAAGGGAUUGUAGAUGUUUUCAAGAACAUCGCCGGUGUUGAUGAAAAAAUCGGCGAAUUGGAAACUAUUGCACAAAACCUUUGGGAGAAAUGCGUCCAUUAUUUUUUUCUCAUUUGGAGUAUUCUGGGCAUCACCACUUCUGCCUGUGGGAUUUAUGGAAUUUACAAGAAUGUUCCAAAGUGUUUGACGUACAGCGUUGUUUUCUUCUAUUUUUCUAUGAUAUCCGGUUUAUUAAUUAUAUUGCUGAUGAGUGUCGAUGCAAGUAUCCAACAUAAAAUAUUCAUCUCGCGCGAAUUGUGUAGAAUUGAAUGGACGAGCUCGGAAUAUUCAACGACGUUGAUCAUUAUUGGACUUUCAUUUUAUAUAGGUAUUUUGGUGUAUUUUAUCUUCGUUGUGAAGAAAUACAGAGGCAUAUUGAGGAAAAUUGUCGGUAAAGAAGCCGAUUUAAAGGAUGCGGCGUCUAAGAAUGAUGACAUACCCAUGAAAGAUGCACGUAUGGUAUCACUAUCACCGCUAUAUGUAUAAUAUAGGUAUAAUUGAAUGAUGAAUGAAUGCUAAUUUCUAUCUGAUAAAACAACAGACUAAUUAAUCUUAUCUGUAUAAUAAGAAAAUAGUUGAUUGGAUAUUUUUAUUUUUUAGAUUAAUCUACCUCAUUACCUACUCUUAGACUGUUCAUUAUUAAGUAAAUCAAACAUUUGGUACAAGUAUGUAGAAACAAACUUGUGUUAUUGCUAGCUAUAAGUUCUGAGGAAUCAUUAGUGCGAAAAAUGAAACAACGAAGUGAUGGGUGUCUUUUACGCAAAUUCACGCUGUUCUUAUUAUGGAUAGUUGCGAUUGGUUCCGGUUUAUACAUGUGGGGUGUUAAUUUCAAUCACAAGCAUCCCUUACUAUAUGACAACAAUACAUGCAACAAUGUGGAAAAUUAUGCAAUUGAUAACUCAACCGAGAAAAUAAAUCGCACCAAACGUGCAACUACUGGAGAUACUACGGUCGUUCCAAAUCCUGUAAAUACUCGUACAAGUAGUAAGCCAACUACCAGUAAGCCAACUACUAAAAAACCAACUACUAAAAAGCCAACUACCACUAAGCCAACUAUCACUAAGCCAACCACCACUAAGCCAACCACCAGUAAACCAACUACCAGUAAGCCAACUACCACUAAGCCAACUACCAGUAAACCAACUACUAGUGAAGCAACAACUACGAGCAGUAGUCCUACCACAGAAAAAAUCAACAGUACACCCAUUACCAGAGCACCUUCUGAUGAUACAAACACUACCAUCAGCAGCACCACUCUAUCGGAUAGCUCACACGAAAAUUCUGAGAACACAACACAACAAAUCAGUACAAAUGAUGCCAUUACCACUUCAACAGUCAGAAGUGAACCUGAUCUUCAUAAUGAAACAAAAAAUGCCACAGAUCAAGCCAACAACACGAGUCAGAGUCCUACAACUGAGAGCAUUAAAACGACAACAAUUACGAGUGGAACCUCACCAUCAGAAAAUCAAACUUCGUCGACUUUCUCACCUUUUGAAAACAGCACCGAUAUACCCGAUAAUGAUGAACAGAAUGUAACCUGCAUCUAUGUGAAUAUCCAGGCUAUUAGAGAAACACUCAGACCCUAUAUCCAUUAUUAUUCUCUGGCAUGGAGUAUACUCGCCCUUACCAGCUCUCUCCUCGGGAUAUAUGGCAUUUAUAAGAAUAUUUCAAAACUUCCGGCAUUCAGCAUUUUCUUCUUUUAUUUCACCGUCUUGACCCUGGUUUUAUUAGCGUUGGAGAUUAAUUUCGAUUCAAAUAUAGAGUAUAGAACGUUCGUCUUACACGAAUUCACCGGCGUUGCUUGGAAUAGCUGCGGUUUGCGGAGUACGAAGUUGUGGAUGAUUAAUACUGGACUUGCUACCUUAACAGCUCUUUCAUUCUGUUUCGCGAUAAUCGUGAGCAAAUUUCGCCGCACCAUGAUAAAGAACACCAAACUACGAACAAAUUACUCCGAGGACGAGGAUUCUGAUUCUGAUUAUAGUAUACCAUUGAAAGGUGAUACAGAUUCUGCCUGGCCAAAUAUGUACGCAAGUGCACCACCUCAACAUUAUUCUGAGGAAGUGUAAUAGCCUGGGUAAACUUGAGAUUCAUUUUUGGCAAGAAAAAAUUGGAUAUUCAUUUUUGAUAGUGAUUAUUUUGUCUUCAUUUUACUUACAUAAGUACAACAAUUGAUAGAUAAUAUUAUAUUGCAUUUAUUUUACAUUUUUACUCAGCCAAUGGGAGAAUUUUUGUUAAGAUACCUACCUAUGUAAUAUUUACGUAUUUAUAGAAUUUUCGAAGCUUCGAUUUGAAAAAUUUAUUUGCAAUUGAAUUCCUAGUUAUAGGUAAGUAUUAUUUUCUAGUCAAUAAGAACUAAAAAAAAAACUUCAAGAAAAGAA